CCGCCCCCUUCUCCGUUUGGCCAGAACUAGGAUUUUCGCGAAAACAUCGACCGCAGAUUGCGCAGCAGAGCAGAGCAGCCACACCACGGGAAUGGAUCCAGCUGCGUGACAGCUCCGUGGAUGGCGUGUUUGAAGUUGUUUUAGCGAUGUUUGGCUAUGAAGACAAUCAUUAGAGGCAUUGAGAAGAUUGUUUCACGACGAUGUCACUCAUUUAACGUCCAAAAAGGGCCGAAGAAGUGGACUCCCUCCGCUUCCCCCGCUCCUUCGCUUCGGUGCAGCCGUUACGGCCGAUGGAGGCUGACGGGACCUUUGCAGCGAGCUGGAGGCCCGGAGCGUCACCUGUGAAGCGUCGUCACUUCGCUGCGAGACGCGUUUGACAGACUAAAAACCCGCACUGACUGCGUGUUUCCCCCAACGGCUGAUUGUACAACUUUUCCAGGAGGGGGAGAAAAAGUUAGCAGCUCGACGUUAGCUGCACGAGCCCGACCCCCGCGCGCACGAUGACUGAUUUGACUUAACGGAGCGGUUACUGACCGCAUCACGUCACGCAGGACAGGUGAACCCACGCGCGGUUACCCCCUGUUGAUGGACUUCACGCAUUCUUCUUCGGUUGAGUCAGUUUUUACCCGAAUUUCCCUGCCUGCCUUGGAGGACUGGAUCCUCAAACAGGGACUGGUUGUUUUAUUUUAAAUUUUUUCCUCUUAAAAACUUUCUUCUUUACCGACCAUCAUGUCACUGAAAGAAAACGUCUGUCGGAAAUUUCAAGCCAACAUUUUCAACAAAAGUAAAUGUCAAAACUGCUUCAAACCCAGAGAGUCACAUCUGCUGAACGAUGAGGACUUAAAUCAGGCCAAACCCAUUUAUGGAGGAUGGUUGCUACUGGCACCAGAGGGAACAAACUUCGACAACCCCUUACACCGAUCUAGAAAAUGGCAGAGAAGAUUCUUCAUCCUUUACGAGCAUGGGCUGCUUCGCUACGCUUUGGACGAAAUGCCCAGCACUCUGCCCCAGGGAACCAUCAACAUGAACCAGUGCCUGGACGUGGUGGACGGCGAGGCCCGGACGGGCCAGAAGAGCUCCCUGUGCAUCCUCACCCCCGACAAGGAGCACUUCAUCCGGGCCGAGUGCAGAGAGAUCAUCAAUGGGUGGCAGGAGGCGCUGACCGUCUAUCCCAGGACCAACAGGCAGAACCAGAAGAAAAAACGCAAAGUUGAUCCUCCCACUCACCAGGACGGCGUAACGCUCAUCCAGUGUUUUUCCACUGAAGACAUGAACGGAGUCUCUGAGCCGGGGCCGGCCAAGGUCACUGUGACCAGCGGCAGCAUGGCCGACGCCGAGCAGAUCCCCACCAGCCGCGCCACCCUGUGGCAGGAGCAGAGCCGCUGGAACCGCGCCGCCAUCCCCUGCAGCCGCAGUGCGUCCUGCCUCAGCCAGCUGGGCCAGAGCCAGCCGGACGGCGGCGUCACCACGCGAGACGACGGCGGCGCCGUCAGCUCAGGCCGGAAAGUCCGAGUGGAGAGCGGAUACUUUUCCCUGGAGAAGACCAAGUCUGAACCGAACCCGGCGCCUCCGCAGCAUCUGCCUCUCUCCUCCUCGGCGUCCUCCUCCUCUUUAGGAGCUUCCAGGUACGAACCGGACCUCCCCACCUCCCAGCGCUCCCCGGACUCCCUUCCCUCCCCUAAAGCUCUGGUUUCCCCGAGCUACUCCACCAUCAGCUCCUCCCAGAGCUCCCUGGACUCUGAGCCCAGCAGCCAGGCGUUGCCCACCUGGGCCGGAGGAACCACGCGCGGCGCCGGGCGGGCCGGCCGGUCCGGCAGGGAGUACACGGCGCUGUCUGACGUUCCCCGCGCCCGCAUCCUGAGCUACAAGGAAGCCUUUCGCUCCGAGAAGAGGCGGCAGGAGCUGAGGGAGCGGACCCGCAGCCCCGGGAGGGAGGAGGUGGUGCGGCUGUUUGGGGAGGAGCGCAGGAGAUCUCAGAUCAUCGGCCGGUUUGAGGAGAACCCAUCAGUGGAGCGUAUGGACACAAGCAGCAGCGUCGGCCAUGACACCUCGGUGAACCAGAGACAAGGCCGGAGUGAGAGACGGUGUCUGGAUGGGAAACACGAGAUGUCACUGGACACGGGGAAGGACCGCUUGGCCCCGGACGUUUCCAGCUCCAACUUCCUCAACUUAAGAAGAGCAAAGUCUCUGGACCGCAGAGCUUCAGAGUCUUCAAUGACGCCAGAUUUGCUGAACUUUAAAAAAGGAUGGAUGACGAAGCUUUAUGAAGAUGGAGUGUGGAAGAAACACUGGUUUGUGCUGACGGACCAGAGCCUGAGGUUCUACAAAGAUUCGAUUGCUGAGGAGGCCUCGGAGCUGGAUGGCGAAAUCGACCUCUCCACAUGUUACGAUGUCAAAGAGUUUCCCGUCCAGAGGAACUACGGCUUCCAGAUCCUUUGUAAGGACGGCGCCUGCACGCUGUCCGCCAUGACCUCUGGGAUCCGUCGCAACUGGAUCCAGGCCAUCAUGAAGAACGUCCGACCCACCGUCGCCCCCGACGUCACCCGGAAAAACAUCUCUCUGAAACUGUCCGUUCUGAAGCCCAGAUCCAUCCCUGAUGAAAACCUAAAGAGCCAUGUGAUGUUGGAGCCGUGUCAGGUGACCUCUGACCCCAAGUUGGACGACUCCAAGCAGUCGCCGGGCAGCAACGCCGCCACUCCUCCGUCUGAGCCGCGUAGGAAAGGAGUCCGCGAGCGCCGGCGAGAGGGCCGCUCCAAAACCUUUGACUGGACCGAAUUCAAAAUGGAGAGGAAGGAGAAGCCGGUAAAAGAACGAGCGGAAACAGUUGACCUCAGCUCGGCGUUCUCCACCACCUCCUCCUGCUCGCCCUCCUCCUCCGCCUCCUCGCUGGCCUCCUCGCCUGCGACUUCCUCCUCCCUGCAAACCUCGUCCGUAUCAGCUCCGCCCCCUGCCGACGCGAAAGACGAGCCGUCCCCAGAGGAGCGAGGCAAAAUGGACGUCGACCACAGGGCGGUCGGGCUGUGGGGCGCCGACGCGACGGACGGCGUCGCUCCAAACAUCAGACAGGAAAUCGAACAGCGGUGGCAUCAGGUGGAGACGACGCCACUGAGAGAGGAGAAGCAGGUGCCGAUUUCCACGACUGCAGGAACCGCUGAGCGACUGCCGGCUAACGAGCAACUGCCGGCUAACGAGCUAGCCGCGCUGCUGGACAAGGAGUUGGGACAGAAGCAGAAGGAGCUGGACCGACUGCAGGAGCAGAACAGUCUGCUAAAGGAGCAACUGGAGGACGCUCUGGGCCGGGAGCAAAGCGCCAGGGAGGGAUACAUCCUGCAGAGUGCAACGCCACCUUCCUCAUCACCACGCAAAGUGCCAUGGCAACAGUUACACAAGCUCAACCAAGACUUGCAGGGCGAGCUGGAGUCCCAAAAGCGCAAGCAAGAUCUCGCUCAGCAGCAGAUCCGGACAUUAAGGCGAAGCUACACCGAAGCUCAGGAUGCCAUAGACCGCCAUGAGACCGACAUUCAGGCUCUGCAAACCAAACUUGCAUCUGCAAUGGCGGAAAUCGUAGCGAGUGAACAAGCUGUGGCUCGAAUGCGCAACGAGCUGAAACUGGAACAGGAGCGCUCAAAGGAACAAGAGGAGGAAUACGGCCGCAACGAAGCCACCUUGCGAGCCCAGCUGAAGGAUAGCGAAGACAGACUCCGGGAGGUUGAGGCAAGCCUUUUGGAGAGGAACCAGGCCCUCAGGCACCUGGAACGCCAGCAGGCUCUGCAACGAGAUCAUGUGAAAGAGAUACAGAGGUUGCAAGAGAGGCUGCAGGAGGUUGUGGCUCGGCUAGCCGCUACUGAAGAGGGCCAGGCGCUAAAGGAGGAGCGGUUGAGGAAUGAGCAGCAGAUCAUGCAAGAGAAACAUGAGAGAGAGAGGCAAAACCUGAGCAGAAGAUUGGCAGAGGCCGAAUCUACACAGAAGGAAGUAGAAGACAGGUUGUUGGAGGCUGAGCAACAGGUUGAGGCCUUGCUUAGAGGGAGGCGGGCAUCAGGUGGGAAGGAGCACAAGGAGGAAAUGUUGAAGCUGCAGGAGCAGCUAGAUCUGAAGACGGACAGGAUGGAAACGCUGAGGGAAAGUGUGCGAAGGUUGGAGGAGGAGAAAGGCCAGCUGACCUGUCGCUGCCAGGAGCUUCUCAACCAGAUCACAGAGGCAGACCGCGAAGUGAACAAGCUACGCAAUCGUCUGGAAACCGAGGAAGCAGAUUACUACACCCUGGAGCAUUCAUAUGAGCGUGCUACACAGGAGUUUCAGAAGAUGAGCCAGUUUCUCAGAGAAAAAGAAGAGGAAAUCAAGCAGACUAAAGAGAUGUAUGAAAGGCUGAUGGAGCGUAAAGAGGCGGACCUUAAAGAGGCUCUGGUCAAAAUGACUGCGCUUGGCAGCAGCUUGGAGGAAACUGAACAGAAGCUGCAAGCUAAAGAGGUUCUUCUUUGUCAAAUGAGUCAAAGUCUCAUCAGUAAGACUGAGCCUUGCGGUGCUGAAGAAGAUCUGCAAGCCAAACUUGUUGUUGCAGAGGACCGCAUUGCAGAGUUGGAGCAGCACCUGACUGCCCUGCAGCUGGGCUACGCAGACCUCUGCUUGGAAAGGAAGCAACUCUCAGACCAGGACAAAACUGGAACAGUUAAAACAUCAUCUCCCUUGUUGUCAAGAACAGACCUGUCCAUAGAUGACUCUUCCAAUAUGGAGAGCUCCUCUGAUGAUAAAGAAUCUGAAGCAAAGAGACCAAGGAUCCGAUUUUCAAGUAUUCAGUGCCAAAAAUAUGUUGGUCCUGAAGUUGUAGACGCCAGUCAAACAAGUUCAGCUGACGAAGAGAUCUCUGACAUUGCGCUCUCGCACACUAGUGACCCAGAGAAGUUCAUUGCCAUCAUACACGCACUAGAAACAAAACUGCUCACCACUGAGGAUAAGCUGAGAAAUCUCACACAGAAUGUUGUCAUUCAACGGCCCAUAGAACCCGGAGAUGUCUCCAAUACCGAUCCAAAGUUGUCGGAAAGCGUGCCUUGCUCCCCAGAGGAGAUUAGGAGUGUUGAAAGUGAAACAAGGAGUAGUUCUGCUCUCGAGCAUUAUAGCAAAGCCUUGGUGUAUGUUGAAAAUGGGCGCGAGAAAGUUAGGGCGAUGCUAAGUGGCUCCCAUGGUACCACUGAUUUACAGCUGCAGUCUCUUUCAGAAAUAGAGAGUGAUUUAUUUAGUGCCUCUUUGCACAUCCGACAAGGUCAGAAGACGUUGGACGAGCAGUCACCGGUUGCUCAAACCCCAGAGACCUUAGACAAGGAGUCCCGGCUCCUCUUUGCCAAAACUUUGUCCUUUGAAGCUGCCGUUUUGAACAAAAUGGCUUUGAUGAUACAAACCUCGAAGUCCGACCUUUUGCAAGCUCUUGUUGAGAUAUGGCAAGACUUGGAGCAUGUCAAAACAAGUGAACAGGAUUGCUUGGCGAUAGUUUACGCGGAUGUCUUGACCAGGAAGCUGAUGUUGGAAAGUACAUUCUGGAAGGACCUUGAGAAAUCUGAGGCUGAUGCUGCUGGAAUCAAAGAGAUUGAAGAUGAAACCAUCACAAUCAACACCUUCCUCAAAGCAGAAAUCACUUACUCAGUGGAAAACCUUAAACUUUGCUACGAGGAGAAAUUCAAACUACUCAAAAGAGAGUUGGCUGACGCCCAGUUUAGACUCAAUCAAAGGGAAACGGCUCUUAAAGCAAUUAUUGAUGCUUCAAAAACACCUGAUUUAAAAUCUGUUAUCAAGGAUGUGAAACAGGACCUCGGUAUUGGCAAACAGAAGUUGGCUGACAUUCGCCCCCCUGAACUCGCUCCCUACAUGGAGCAGAUUGAAGUAGAGGAAGCUAGAGAUUUGGCUGAGGAAGUCGUUGAUAGACACUUGGCAAGUGUGAUGCCAUAUGGCGGUCAGUCUAUUGAAUCCUUUCAAAACGCUCAUGACUACCUAGCUAACGAGCUCCAAAGACAAGCAGGUAUCCUGCAAAGGUACGCAGAGGAGAUAGAAAGCAGUGGAAGCCAUCCUGCACUGUCUAAAAUGAUCCAGGCGGUUUUAGGACACCAAACAUCCCAUAAUGUCAUAAGUACCUCUCUUUGCAUGCGAGAAGCCCUCAUUCAGGCUCAGGUGGCGUAUGUGGCAUGCAGGCUGCGGGCCAAGCACGAGCAGGAGCUAGGCAUGUGUAGGCAAACCAGUCAGGAUAUGGAAGCUCUGGUGCAGCAGCAUUCGUUCAAAGUUGCGGAAAUUCAAGAAAAAUACGAGGUUUCUUUGCGACAGGAGCAAGAGAACUUCUCCCAAACUAUGAUUGCUCUCCAGAGAGAGAACGAAACCCUGAAAAGUGAGCUCAGUGAACGCAUUAACCAGCUCACCCUUCAGCAGGAGCAAGUGUCUCUCCUGGAGGAUCGUUUCCAGAAGGAGACCGAAGAGCUGAAGGAGAAGUGCCAAAGCGAGCUCAGUCAAGAGGAGCGUUGCCGCGCCUCAACAGAGCUGGCGCUCAUAGAGACGGCCGCUGACAGUCAGAGAAAGCUCGAGGUUCUACUGGCGGAUAUCGACAGCAUGGAGGAGCGUCACAACCGUCACGUUAGGAAGCUGGAGGAGCAGUUCAAAGACCGGAUCGUGGAGCUCCAGCAUUUUCACAAAGAGGAGUUGGAUAAGUUACAUUCCCAGUAUGUCGAAGGCUUUCAGAGUGCCAACAAACACUCGCCUCCCUGCAAAGAGGUCGAGUCUCGAAUGGAAGAGGAAGACGAGGGGAAGAGGGCGGAUGUGCCAAACGUGUCAGAGCUGGACUCCAUGAUGGUUCUGAAGGAGCGAAUCCAGGAGCUGGAGACGCAGAUGAAUAGCAUGAAGGACGAGCUGGAGAACAAGCACCUGGAAGGGGAUGUGGCCAGCCUGAGAGAGAAAUACCAGAGAGACUUUGAGAGUCUUAAGGCGACAUGCGAGCGAGGCUUUGCUGCAAUGGAAGAAACCCACCAGAAGGUGGUGGAAGACCUCCAGCGGCAGCACCAGCGGGAGAUUUCCAAACUCAUGGAGGAGCGAGAGAGACUGCUGGCUGAAGAAACCGCUGCUACUAUUGCUGCUAUUGAAGCGAUGAAAAACGCACAUAAGGAGGAACUGGAGAAGAACCAGCGCUCCCAUCUGAGCGGUCUGAACUCUGAUAUCGACGAGCUCCGCCUGCAGUACGAGGAAGAGCUCCAGUCCAUUCAUAGAGAACUGGAGGUUUUAUCUGAGCAAUACUCCCAGAAAUGUCUGGAGAACGCUCACCUGGCUCAGGCGCUGGAGGCAGAGAGGCAGGCCCUCCGGCAGUGUCAGAGAGAGAACCAGGAGCUAAACGCUCACAACCAGGAGCUGAACAACAGGCUGACCGCAGAAAUCACUCGCAUGCGCUCAUGUUUCAGCGGGGAAACGGCUCUCUCUCCACUGACUCACGGCAAAGACGUUUAUGAACUGGAGGUGCUGCUACGGAUAAAAGAGUCAGAGAUCCAGUAUCUCAAGCAGGAAAUCCACUCUUUGAAGGACGAGCUGCAGUCUGCUUUGAGGGACAAGAAAUACGCCACGGAUAAAUAUAAGGACAUUUACACAGAGCUGAGCAUUGUGAAGGCGAAGGCCGACUGUGAUAUCAGCAAGCUGAAGGAGAAGCUGCUCAUGGCCACUGAAGCUUUGGGGGAGAGGAAUGUUGACGACGCCGUUACAUCCGGAUACGACAUCAUGAAAUCAAAAAGUAACCCAGAUUUCAUGAAAAAGGAAAAGUCAACACCCCCCAAGCAGCUGCGAGGCCUAAGGUCAAAGUCUGUCACUGAGCAGGUGUCAUGGGACAGCUGACCCCCCGCUGGGGUCAUCUCCCCCUGCAGCCGCUGCCUAAAGAUGUGCUAGCCUGAAAGAGGGACUGACUGUGCAGGAACGCAUGAAGCUUUUCGAGGCUAAAAACACCAGGAAGAUUUAAAUAUGUGUAAAAUCUCAAGUUUCCUCCCAUUCUGGUUGGAUGUACCAACGAAAACAUUCAAAUCUGGAAAUUUUAGCUUCCAUUCCUCCCACUUCUCAUGUUUUUACUGGAUUAACUGGAUCCAGAUUAUAAAACUCUGUACUUUUUUAAAAAGAAAAACAAACAUCACACCCAUAAUUAAAGUUAUAGGAAAAACAACAAAACACCAAGAAUAAUAUCUACCAGUAUAAAUUAUCUGCUGUAUUUACAGUGUUUCUGUCUACUGGUUUUAUUGUGUUGCACCAGUUGGGCUGUAUGUAACUACUGGGGUUACUGUGUGUGUGUGUGUGCGUGCGUGCGUGCGUGCGUGCGUGCGUGUGUGUGAUGGGGGAGCGCUCAGAUUGCACUUACCACUGGACUACUUGAGGAAGCUUUGUGUUUUUAUUUUUUUCAUCUAAAAUUGAUGUAGUGACAAGCAAUUGGUUUUUGCAGUGCAUUCAGUGAAAAGUAGUUUGUUUGUUAUGAUGCACUGUAAAAACACAUGUUACCGAAUGUUUUGGGUUUAGUUUCUAUUGCAAAUAUCUGAGUAUAUUUGAAAAUUACAAGUAACUUUUCAGCAGGAAAUAAAAUCUUAUUUUAUGUAAAUAAUUCCUUAAUAUUGAUGAAAAAAUUUCAGUUCCACUGGCAGAUUAUCUGACUUAUGGGAAAAUGUUUUGUUAUAAGUGAAAUAAUCUGUAAGUAGAACUUUUUAUAAUCAAGAUUAAUAAAUUAUGUUUUUAAAACAAGCUUUUUUUUCUUUUUGAAAAGCGACUCGAGGGAUUUUUUUCUUAUUUGAAGUUUACUGAGAUAUUUGCAGAGCAGAAGCCAAACCUAAAAUACUUGAUAAAAUGUUUAUCUGCAAUGAGGGGUUUGUACACUGCAAAAACACAAUUUUACUGAGUAUUUGUAUCUAUUUUCUAGCACAAACAUCUUAGUUCAUUUGUAAUAAUACAAACUAACUUACAUUUAACUGUUCAACAUAUAGGAGCUUCUUUAAAAUCAAUAAUUCCUCAAUAUUGAUUUUAAAAUGUACUGGUUCAACUGACAGACUAUUUAAUUUACAACAUGGGAAAAUUGUCCUGUCAUAAGUGAAAUAAUCUGAAUUAUUGACUUAAAACUCGCUUCUAUAUCUUGCUG